GAAGAAGAAGAAGGAUUGAGAAAGAAAGAAAGUGAGUAAUUGGUUAGCAAGUAAACUAAAGAUCGGUAGGGUAGGUGGCAUCGGUUAGAGAAUUGGUGUGGAAGGCAAAGAGAAACAAGUAACAAGAAACGAGACAUGGGAAACAAGAACAACAACCAACACCAACCUUCCAUUUCAUAACUUUGCACGCUGUACUUUUGUUGGAUUCCGUUUCCCAAUUCGUAUGUUAAUUACUGCAAUGCGUUAGAACCUUCCAUCUUUCUCAAACGGAGCAGGAAGAUCAUGGGGACCGACCCAUCUUCUUCCACCGUCGAGGUCAAGGUCCAUCCACGCCGCGACACCGCCGAGAGGGGCCGCCGGAGGCCCUCGCCGAAUCCCCCGCCGCCCGAUCGCCACUUCAGCCUCUUCAAGCGCUGGUUCCCGUGGCUGGUGCCCGUUUUCGUCGUUGCCAACAUUGUCAUAUUCAUCGUCACAAUGUAUAUCAACGAUUGUCCUAAGCAUUCCUUUCACGGUUCCUGCGUUGCCUCUUUUCUCGGAAGAUUCUCCUUCCAGCCUCUUAAGGAGAACCCCCUCUUCGGUCCUUCUUCCAUCACGUUAGAGAGGAUGGGUGCUCUUGAAGUGAACAAAGUGAUUCAUAGACACCAGGUUUGGCGCCUCUUCUCUUGUAUAUGGCUGCAUGGUGGGGUUGUUCAUGUGCUUGCCAACAUGUUGAGUCUUGUUUUCAUUGGAAUUCGGCUUGAGCAAGAAUUUGGAUUUGUUAGAAUUGGGUUUCUGUAUGUGAUAUCUGGUUUUGGAGGGAGUUUACUGUCUUCCCUAUUCAUACAAGAAGGUAUCUCCGUUGGUGCUUCUGGUGCAUUAUUUGGGUUACUAGGAGGCAUGCUAUCAGAGCUCUUAAUAAAUUGGACAAUAUAUGCCAAUAAGUUUGCGGCAUUAUUGACUCUUAUAGUCAUCGUCGUAAUCAAUUUAGCUGUUGGAAUCCUUCCUCAUGUGGACAAUUUUGCUCAUAUUGGAGGAUUUGUUUCUGGCUUUCUUCUUGGAUUUAUCUUUUUGAUUCGCCCCCAGUUCAAAUGGGUUAGUAGACAAAGGAAUUCUCAUUCUGCACCACCAUUGAAAUAUAAGCACAAACCUUAUCAGUAUGUACUGUGGCUCAUAUCCUUCAUACUACUGGUUGCCGGGUUGAUCACUGGGCUGGUUUUGCUCCUUCGAAGUGUUAACUUGAAUGACCGUUGCUCAUGGUGUCAUUACUUGAGUUGUGUCCCUACCUCAAAAUGGAGCUGCAAGGCACAACAAAUGUAUUGUGAGUCAACACAAAUAGGAAACCAACUUAACAUAACAUGCUUGAGCAAUGGGAGAAGUGACAUUUACCCUUUCUCAAAUAGUAGCUCUACGGAGGCUCAACAACAGCUAUGUUCUCGACUUUGCAAUUGAUAGAUACACAUGCGACAUUUCUUAAAGCAAAUUCCAUUUAACAACUUGUCUAUAUGAUCAUACAGAGAAAUUAUUUCUUCUGGAUAGGCAAUAAGGGUUGUUAUGACCGCCAUUAUGAGUAUAUUCUUGUCAAUGCAUUUCCAUCUUAGUUAUGAAUCACAAUGUGCUAUAAUUCUUUUGUAACAGAAGAAGAGAGGAAGUUGUAUUUGAUUAAUGAAGCAAAAUACUCCUCAAGUAUAGUAAAUGCUGUCAAAUGGAAUGAUUGUAAGAAAACAAUGCAUGCUUUAGAGUUUUAGCUUUGAAUUUUGUUUCUAAACAAAGUCUAAUCCAGCGAUUAUGUGUUUUGCUAGACAUCCAAAAUCUUAUAAUUGUUAUAUCCUUUGAUGAUACUGGAAGCUGCAGUGCUUUUCAUGUGU